AACAGGGAGAGAGGGAGGGAGAAGCAGAGAGGAAGAGAAAGAGUGGGACAGGCACAGACGAAGGUCUGUUAGAAAAAAGGAACAAAAGAGUGGCAUAAAGAACUUUAAUAUGAAAAUUUUAAAGUCCGACGGAGGAGCAUGAAAAAUGAACGUUAACAUGGUCUAGAGAAGAGAAGAGAAGAGAAGAGAAGAGAAGAGAAGAGAAGAGAAGAGAAGAAACUGAAAAGGCUGUUUGCUCUAGGAAAGACAUCUGAAAAGGAAAACCAAGUAAAGAUCCAAGUCAGGAGCUGAAGGAGCCUGGAACAGGAGCGUCACAAAGACCAGAGAUUUUAAAGAUUUGAACCACAUGCUAAGGAUGCCAGUGUCACAGGGCUGUUUAUGUGUUGUCAAGUAUUUGAUGUUUGUCUUUAAUCUCAUCUUCUGGCUAGGAGGAUGUGGCCUGUUUGGAGUUGGAGUCUGGCUGUCCUUCACGCAGUCAGAGUUUUCCUCUCUUCCACUUUCAUUUCCGUCUCUCUCAGCUGCCAAUCUGCUGCUAGUUGCUGGUGGUAUUACUAUGAUAACAGGCUUUCUGGGUUGUCUUGGAGCGCUUAAGGAGCAGCGUUGUCUAUUGUUUACGUUCUUUUUGAUCCUGUUACUCCUGGUCCUGACAGAAGUGACUCUCGUUUUAGUUAUCCACAUUUUUCAUGACCAGCUGGAUUCAAAAGCACAAAAAGAAUUAAAGGAAGAUAUGAAGAUGUAUGAAUCAGAUCCUGGCCUUAAGAAUUCCUGGGACAAUGUCCAGAAAAUGUUCAAGUGCUGUGGCGUAACCAACAAAACAGACUGGUAUAACGUGCUGCAGGGAAAGCUACCCUUAUCAUGUUGCUCAGUUGGGACACAGACCUGUGUUGAAGGAUGGACUGAGCCAUGCUACCAGAAAGCAAGAAAGUGGCUGAUAAAAAACAUCACCUCUGUCCUGGUGUUUGGAGUGUGUAUUGGUGUUGUGCAGAUUUUGGCCCUGGUGUUCUCCAUGCUCAUGUAUUGUCAAAUUCUUUCGGCCGAGAAGCACUUGGACUAACUGCAGAAAAGCUGUUCAACAGAUGUCAUGUGACGCCUA